AUGGAAAAAAAAUUCCUAGAGACUGCGAUAGCAGAAAAAGAACGCGAAAUACUCGAUUUAAAUAAACAAGUUGACAAGUUUACAACUGAAAUAGAAAAACAAAAAAAUAUAAUAAACAAAAUAGAAAUUGACAACAAUGAAUAUGAAGAAGAAUUGAAAACCCAAGUAUUGUAUUUAGGUCAAUUAAAAGAAUGUGAAGAUAAAAUAGAGGAAAAAGACAAACAAAUAAAAGAAUUAGAUAAUAGAAAUAUAGAAAAAGACAAACAACUAACAGAAAAAGACAAACAAAUAACAGAAUUAGGUUAUCAAAUUAAACAGUUAAAUAUUCUAAUUAAUUCAAAUAAUACUGAAAUAAAAUCUAAAAACGUUGAACUCAAUAAAAACCUACAACUAUGUACCACACAAUUAUCUGAACAAAAACAAGAAAUAAAUAGAAUAAAUGAAGAAUUAACUCAAAGUCAUAGACAUAUUAAUGAAAAACAUCAACUAGAAGAAACUUACAAAAAUGAACUUGAGAAAUGUAACUAUGAAAAACAUGAACUAGAAAAAACCUAUAUGAAACAAAAACAAGCCCAUCAACGGCAAUAUGAGGAGUUAUUAUCACUCAAAACAAAAGAACUUGUGAAACAUCGACAAGAAGAAGAAACUUAUAAACAACUUCAGGACCAAAUGCUAAAUAAAUAUAAGGAAUUCUUGCGUCAGUUACAAGAACCAAAUUAUUUGGCUAAAAUGUUAGUAGAUGAACUUGCAUCUAUGGAUUUAGUUAAAGAAAAGAUAAUAGAACAACUUGCGGAUUUAUACAAAUAUACCAAAGAAACAAAUUAUGAAGUUAUAAAGAAAGUUUCAUCACAGGAAACAACAAAAACAUCAAAAACAUAUAAAACAACAGAUUCGGGGACAAAACAAAAAGAUGCCAAACAACGAUCAAAAUUAAAUACCCAAGACAGACGAAAAAAUGAAAUAUUGACUCUGAAAAAGAAUCAAAGAGGAAAACAGUUCAUGAAUAGGAGAGGAACAGAUGGAAAGCAAUUGGAAGAGGAAGUUGAUAUUAAUCCAAUAAAUGACCCCAGUUCAUCAGACGUCGCGCUCCGUUAA